AUGGCUCUCGAGGGCGCGCACAGGACACUGAUGGGAUGUGUUUCAUCAAGUCUGCUGAUUCUCCUCUGGUGCCUGCUACUCGCCCGUGCCCAGCCCCUCCCGUCUGUCUCUCUUCCUGCCCAAAUCAACGUUCUCCCUCCGUGGCGCUCUCUCCGCCUCUCUCAGGCUGAUCUGGGGCUUCUGUUCACCAAUUCCAGCCCUUACACCUUCACCCAGUCCCUGCUCCUCAGACCUCCUCCAGAGACCAGCACCAAACCCUCAGUGCGGGCCUCUUUCGGGCCUUACUCUGUCAACCAGCUGGUAUCUGACCCCAUUGCCCCGCUGUCUCCGUCUCUUACCGCGUCCCUCCUGACCAAAACUGUUGUGAGGGAGAAGGAAGGAGACAGAGGAGAGCGGUUGAAAGUGAGAGUGUUAUUCCACAUGAGAGGAGACAACAACAGGGGGACGUGUGUCACCCUCCACGCUUUCAAAGAGACAGAGGAACAGAAAGCUUCCUGCAUCACUCAGCCUCCUCUUGGACUCUGUGUGGUCACACUCACUUUACCCAAAGACUGGUUUGACUCAGACCAGGACGCUCAGCUGAACCCUCUCCACACUCACCGACAACGCCACGUCUACAGGCACAGACCACGUUACCGUGGUAGACAGCGUCAGAAUAUUCCAGCAUCCCUCAAAAGGAAACCUGCCGUCCCCACAAAUCAGAUCCAACUCUACUACUCCUCCUUUGGCAGAGUAUCAAACUUUAAAAUAUCGCCACCUAGAUGUGUGGAGGACAGUUUGCAGCAGUCCGAGAGAAAACUGUACUAUAUCGGAUCUGCAAGCCUUGAUGACAAAGGACUGAAGGACAACAAGACAAAACAAAGCUUUUUAUGCUUGGAUGGACAAGAAGAAGUGGAACAGUGGCUAGACUCAAAUGUCCUCAUUCGCUAUAACAAAGGACCUGGCCAUGUUGGGCAGCCAUUAGGAAUGUCGGUGAACCUGAGGUCAAAUUUCAGUGGAGAAUUUCUGAUCGUUAGACUAAAAGUAAAGAAAGGGUUACUAGCAGUGGUGGCCCAACCUGUGAGGAACUCCAACUUCUGGAGCAUUACCAUGGAGAAGACCAGCGGCACCAAACAUGACACUAUUUCCUUAAUCUGCCACAAAAAUGGCAGUCUGGACAAAUCAAGGCCCUCAGCUUUCCAGCAGGUAGCUUGUUUCUCAGUCAACGGGAUACGCAGAAGCUUUGGGGUUGCAAUGACAGUUGCCACAAGCUGGUGGGUUGAGUACUCAAGUCGUAAUACCUUAGUGUCGCCACACGGGGCAGUCACGAACUUCAUCUCCUUCACAGACAGAGAAAUUGUAGGAAUUGCUCCCAUUACUGAGAGCAACACAAUUAUCAACACAGCUAUCUUAACCAGUCAGCCUGUGUCACAUCCUGUAAUUGUGCUGGCAGUGGGGCAGGACGGGAAAGUAUCAGAUGUUACAUCAGCAGUGAGGUGUCAGUCUACCAAUGAGGAUAUUGUUAAGGUGUCGAGUGAUUGUUCAGCACUCUUUGUGGACGGGAGUGAAUCAGGAAUGGGCAGCACCUGUGUCGGGGUGGAGUUUUCUCUGGGCACACUCACUGGAUCCCUGUGUAUGGCCGUGUGGGCGCCAGUGGUCCCUCUCCGAAUUUUUCUCUCGGAUUCUGUUCUCAGCCCUAUAGACGGCUGGAGUUACUACUCUGAGAACAGGUGCAGUCCUGUCUUCCAGAGGUCCUCUGUACAGGUUUUGGCACAGUUCAGUGCCAAGCCAUCUGCUAAAGGUGACCACCUGACUUACAUGCUUGGAUCUCCUGAUUGGUUUGUGGAUGUGACAGAGCUGGUUCGUGAUUGGUUGAGAAUAGAGAAUCCUCGCGUUGCAACACUGGACAAACAGGGCUAUUUGAUUGGCUUGAAGCCUGGACUUACCUCUCUCCAUGUGAUAUCGAGCCAGUGGGAUGGUGUGCUUGGCAGUGCUGAUAUCACAGUAACUGGUGAAUUGGUGACUCCUGGUGACCUCUCUGUGCAGUUAGUGGGUGGACUAGGCCUGUCAAUCAACCCAAGCCCAUCUAAUCCUUCUGUUGUGACGGCAACAGCCACUGCACACAACACGCUCUACAAUCACGGCCAAGAAGCAUCAAUCAGCAUCUGGCUCCAGUUCAGUGACGAUACAGCCAUUUUGGUCUCGGCUUUCAGUGGCGUCCCGUACUCUCUUCGCCUCUCUUCAUUGGCUGAGUCUGUGGUCGCCGUGACGCCGGCUCCAUCGCAGCGAAUCAUAGCACAAGGUGAUGGUGGUGGACCAUUACUGAAAGCUGAACUCCUGGUCUCCACUUGUGAGCCGGUGUCAAAUGACAUCGUGAUGGAUGAGGGACGAGCAGGAGGCGGGACUAGAAGAUUGGCCAAGGGUUCAGGCUGGAUAAGAGUGAACCUUGAAGCGGACCUCUGGCCGAUGGAAAACGAGGACGCAGAUUUCGAGUUUCUUGACAUUUCGGAUAUGCUUGUCGAAUCCGACAAGGAUGCAUACAGCAAUUCUGGUGAUAAAGAAGACCCGGUGAACUCCACCGACGAUUACGACAACGCCAUAGGAAAUGAAAUGAUAGCCAGAAACGUCUUAGAGAAGGCAGUUUUGACUCCAAACCACGAGGAGACUGCAGUGUACAUUUCUCCUGGACUGGCGAGGGAGAACGAGGGGAGAGAAAACGGUGAGAGGGAGCUGGAGGUCGGAAUUGGGGCAGUUCUCUCUCUCCUCUGUCUCUCCUCCCUCCUUUUUUUGGUAAACUGCCUGCCUUGUGCUCUGAGGGAGCAGAGGCGCAGGAACAGAAGGAGGGCGACAAAAGGAGGAAGGAUGGAGGGAGAGGAGACUGGAUUCGGCGCUCUCACCGCCGCGGCCCGGGUUCGAUUCCCGGUCAGGGAACACAUGUUUUGUGUUGCUAGCAGCUAA